CUGUCGUACCUUUAUAACUUUGCUCUAGGUGUAAAAGGUUAUCCUGUAAAUGCCGCCAAACGCCCAUAUGGUGACAAUCCUGAAAGCUAUUCUGUGAAUGAAUCCAUCGACUUGCAAGUUUACAUACAAAAUGGAGAAUGGGAUCUUAUGAAUACACCUGGAACUCGUGUGGUAACUCCAUUUGGAGACUCAGUAUAUCACGAGCUGUACUAUUACAUACGCAUCAGGAGGAGAACCUUGGCUUAUGGGAUAAAUCUGAUUAUACCCUCCUUGGUGAUCUCGAUGAUGACAGUGCUAGGCUUUACACUACCACCUGAUGCUUGUGAGAAGAUAACAUUAGGUAAGGUUACUUGCUUAGAAUAG